AUGAUCGGGGCAAGGGUUUUUGUUCGAACAAGACUAGUUGGGGUUCAAGGAUACGGCCCUGAUGACUAUCUCGUCUGGUUUACUUGGCUGGCAUACACCACCGUCACAAUCAUAGCCCAUGUUUUCUUAGUCCAAGCGGGGGGGAAGCAUACCUCCGUGCUGACCGACGAGCAGCGGGCGACUCUGCCGGUGGAACAGCGGAAAGAUUGGGUCUAUGGCUCGAAGCUCUUCACAUUCGGUUUCUUUAGCUAUGCCACCAUUGUUUGGAGCUUGAAAUUCAACAUGCUCUUUUUCUACCGGCGGCUUGUGAGAGGUCUGCGGAUAGAGCGGUUUAUCAUCCCAGCCUUCGGAUUCGUGGCCGCUGCGGGCGUUGCUGCGCUCCUCACUUUUUGCUUAGCAUGUGUUCCUUUCACAAAGCUAUGGCAGGUGUAUCCAAACCCAGGAGGUCAAUGCUACCCGCAAAACCCAGUGACCUUUUAUACAGUUGCUGUUUUGAACGUUAUUACGGAUAUGUGUAUAAUUGCGAUUCCUAUUCCGAUGGUUGUGCGCGUCCAAGCUAGUGUUAUGCGCAAAAUUGGUCUAUGCAUGCUCUUUGGACUCGGCCUGUUCUGUAUGAUUGCAGCGGUGGUCCGUGUCGUGCUCAUUUUCAAGUUGAAACGCCACGGUGAUGGAGCGCUUUGGUCAAUCCGCGAAGACUUCGUUGCCGUUAUUGUCGGCCAAGCACCAAUGGUCUACCCAAUUACCAAACCCAGGUUCUGGAAGAGCGUCUUCGGCGGUGAGGGAUACCAGCCGGGAAACGGGACCGAAGGCGGCCACAAAUACCACAGUGGUGGGUCGUCGAAGCGGAAGGUCAAAGAUCCAUACUCUAUUACCCAGACGGAGCUCACCAUGGUCGACAAGACCGAGAGCCACGAGGAGCUUAACAAGAUCGAGGAUAAGUCGAGUGGAAUAUUAGUACAGCGAACAUACGAUGUUGACGUCGAAAGUUCGAGGACUCAGUCGGGCCAUGACGACAAGGGAUACCAGGGCCAGGCGUUUUAA